AUGAAGAAGUUGAAUCAAGAAUUCUCAAAUUAUAUUGAAUGGAUUGAUACACCUGCUGAAGAAAUUAUUCAUCAAUACUUCGACAAUAACUGUCAACGAAUUAAUGAUAAAAAUUUUGAAAAAUGUUUGUUACAAGCUCUGGUAAUGAAUGAUGCUCAAAAUAAAAAGCAAAACCCAUUCCAAAAG